AUGGAACACUUCCGCAAGUCCCCUCCUGGUCUUUUGCUUCAUGUUUUCCGUGCCCAGGCCGUGGAGAAGCCUCGAAGAACCAAGGCGAACCGCCUGAAGGAGGCCCUGGAGGAGGAGGAAGAGAAAGAGGAGAAGGAGCCCAAGGGCGUGGUUUACCUGGGCCAUAUUCCAAACGGCUUCUUCGAGCCGCAGAUGAGAAAGUACUUCUCCCAGUUCGGCCAAGUCACUCGCAUGCGCCUGGCGCGCUCCCGGAAGACCGGGGGCUCCAAGGGCUAUGCGUUCAUCGAGUUCAAAGAGGAGAGCGUGGCCAAGAUUGUGGCAUCUACCAUGAACAAGUACCUUCUGUUUGACAAGUCCCUUGUAUGUGAGUUCCUGCCCAAAGAGAAGUGUCACAAGAAGCUCUUCGCCGGCUGGCGAAGAAUACCGAAGGACACUCGAAAAGAGAGGCGAGAGAAGGAAGUCAUACAAGACAACGACCGACCAAUGGUUGAGGUCAACGGCAUGUCGGUUCCGCAGCUCACAGAGCAACAGGCCAGCAGGCAGCUGCGGCAAAAGCGAAAGCUCAAGGAGAAGCUGGCCAGCCUCGAGGUGGACUUUGAUUUAGACGAAGUCCUAGGAGGCACGGCCGACGAUGAGGCAGAAGAGGAUGCCAAGGAGGAGAAGGAGCCUGCAGCCAAGAAGCGUCCCAAGAAAAAGCCAAGGAAGCAGGCUGCUGCAUAG